AUGGCCAAAGCGCACGCCCCCAAAAAAGCCCGCAUCCACUCGCAUGCAACCGACACGCUUGCGCUAGCAGAGAAGAUCAAGAAAAAUGCUCUCAAGAAAAAACUCGCUUCGCACAAACCAGACCAGGCAGACCAGGCAUCGAUUGUACCUGAAGCUUCCGAAGUGAGUGUUUCUGACGGCAGCAAGCGCUUCGAAUCUUUCACAGAACUCAAGUUGAUUCCCGAGCUCUUGGAAGCUAUUCAAAGUAUGAAAUUCACCAAGCCCACGCCUAUCCAGGCCGAGGCCAUUCCCCACGCCUUGGAAGGCAAAGAUGUCAUUGGACUUGCCGUGACCGGCUCGGGCAAGACCGCGGCGUUUGCCAUCCCCAUCUUGCAGUCGUUGUGGCACGACCAGCUUCCAUACUAUUGUCUCGUGUUGUCGCCCACUCGUGAGUUGGCGUACCAGAUUAAGGACACAUUCGAUGCUCUCGGCUCCGGAAUGGGUCUUCGGGCCUGCUGUAUAGUCGGCGGUAUGGACAUGAUGGACCAGGCCCGUGACUUGAUGCGCAAGCCGCAUGUUAUCGUGGCCACGCCUGGACGUAUUGUGGACCACUUGGAACACACCAAGGGCUUCAGCUUGAAGAACCUCAAGUACCUAGUCAUGGACGAGGCUGACCGGUUGUUGGACCUUGACUUCGGGCCCGAGCUCGAUAAGAUCUUGCGUGUGAUUCCCCGCGAGCGGAACACAUACCUUUUUUCUGCCACUAUGACCAACAAGAUCGAAAAGUUGCAAAGAGCAUCUUUGAACAACCCAGUGCGCAUUGCUGUCUCCUCCAAGUACCAGACUGCCGACAACUUGGUGCAGUCGAUGAUGUUGGUCAGCGACGGCUACAAGAACACUUAUUUGGUGCACUUGCUCAACGAAUUUGUUGGAAAAUCCAUCAUCAUCUUCACACGUACAUGUGCCCACUCGCAGCGAACGGCGCUUUUGGCUCGUAUUUUGGGUUUCUCUGCUGUUCCAUUGCACGGCCAGUUGUCCCAAUCCCAACGUUUGGGGUCGUUGAACAAAUUCAAAUCGGGAAAGGCAAAUAUCUUGGUGGCCACAGACGUUGCCGCCAGAGGUUUGGAUAUUCCAGCAGUUGAUGUCGUCAUCAACUACGAUAUUCCUACCGACUCCAAGGCAUACAUUCAUCGCGUGGGACGUACAGCUCGUGCAGGUAGAUCCGGAAAGUCCAUUUCCUUAGUUACGCAGUACGACUUGGAAAUGUACUUGCGGAUUGAGGCUGUGUUGCAGAAGAAACUUCCAAAGGACCCAGCUCCACCAAAGGACGUUUUGGAUGCGUUGCACGUUCAUGUAGACCGUGCCACUGCAGAAGCCAUCAAACAGACCAAGGAUUUCCACGAGAAGAAGGGCAAGAAGAAGAGCAGAGACGAUGCAGAUCGCGAGGAGAGAUAA